GCCAUCGCGCUCAAAGACCAGGGAAAUGCUGCAUUCAAGGAGCACGAUUGGAUGAAUGCGAUCAAGUAUUAUACCGCAGCGAUCGAGAAAUACGACAAGGAGUCGGCUAUAUAUUCCAACCGCGCCCUCAUGCACAUCAAAACCGAAGCCUAUGGACUUGCUACUUCGGAUGCGAGUAGGGCGAUCGAACUGGAUGAGAAUAAUGUUAAGGCAUAUUAUAGAAGAGCCAUCGCCAAUACCGCGAUAUUGAAUCACAAGGAGGCACUCCGGGACUGGAAGAUCGUCACCAAGAAAGUCCCCGCCGACAAGAAGGCGAAAGGGUACUACGAAGAAUGCCAGAAACAGCUAAAGCGGGAUGCGUUCCUGAAAGCGAUCGAUGUGGGCGACGAGGCGUCGGCAGCGGAGGGACUGCAUGUCGAGGAGAUGGUGGUGGAUAAGGACUAUGAUGGUGCGAGGCUAGGGGACGAGAUGACGCAAGAGUUCAUCGACGAUAUGAUCCAGCGGUUUAAGAAUGGGAAGACGAUACAUAAGAAAUAUCUCUACCAGAUUAUCUUGGCGGUUAAGGAUAUCCUCACGAAAGAGCCGACGAUGGUGGAGGUGGAUGUUCCCAAGGAGCAUAACAUCACAGUCUGUGGCGAUACGCACGGCCAAUUCUUCGACCUUCUCGAAAUCUUCCGCCUCGCAGGGGCACCCUCCUCAACACAUUACUUCCUUUUCAACGGCGACUUCGUCGACCGCGGCUCCUGGUCCUGCGAAAUCGCCCUCCUCCUGUACGCCUACAAAUGGCUCUCCCCCAACACCUUCUUCCUCAACCGCGGCAACCACGAAACCGACGACAUGAACCGGAUGUACGGCUUCGAAGGGGAGUGCAAAGCCAAAUACAAGUCCGAACGCGUAUUCAAGCUCUUCUCCGAGUCCUUCUCCGCACUCCCCCUAGCGACGCUGAUCGGCCAGAAGUUCUUCGUGCUCCAUGGCGGGCUGUUCUCGGAUGACGAUAUCACCCUGGAUGAUGUGCGGAAGUUGGAUCGGUUCAAGCAGCGGCAGCCAGGGCAGAGUGGGUUGAUGAUGGAGAUGCUGUGGACGGAUCCGCAACCCGCGCCCGGGAGAGGGCCGAGCAAGCGUGGUGUGGGGCUGCAGUUCGGGCCGGAUGUGACGAAGAGAUUCUGUGAGCGGAAUGGGUUGGAUGCCAUCAUUCGAAGUCACGAGGUUCGGAUGGAGGGCUAUGAGGUGGAACAUGAUGGACGAUGCAUCACAGUCUUCUCCGCUCCGAAAUACUGCGAUACCACGGAGAAUAAGGGCGCGUUCAUCAACAUCGGCCCGGAGUAUAAGCUCGAAUACACCAAAUUCGACGCUGUCCCCCAUCCUCCGGUGAAAGCAAUGGUACGUAUCUGACUCCUGUUCAGCCAGCCAUUCGGGAUCUUAACUAACCAUUGUCCAGCAAUACGCCUCCAAUGCACUCAUGAAUUUCAUGAAUUAACCUCCCCCACUCCAUCGACCGUCCACCUUGCAUUUGGAGGGCCCCCUUCAGCUUUCCCUCCGUAAUUCGCAUUCUCCGCCUCCGGUUCUAUUCAUGUGCACCUUCACGGUUCCUUCUCUGCACCCGCUCUGCCGGGUUCUGGCGUCUUUUUGGGGCUCAUGCUUCUGCAUAGCGUGGCAAUUUUGGGGUUUGGACGUAACGAUCUUUUCUGCUUCAUGUGGUUUUGAUACAUGGGGAUCUGUACAUGGUGACACUAGGACUGGGUUGACUGAAUAGAGAAAACGUGCAUGGAUGACUUUG